AUGACUUUUGCUUCCGAGAAGCUUGCUAAAGCGUUGCGCGCGAAAAGACUCCGUCGUCCGGUCGCCGUCUCCGCUGUGGGAUGCGUCAACGCGGGGACUUUCCGGCAUGAGAUCGAGAUCAUCGUCUCGCCCCGAGGAGCGGAAACUCCGGCGUUGCUCACCGCCGCGCUAAUAUUGCGAUCGUUCACGACGUAUGCUCCGCAUUGCGAAGCGGAUGCGUCGUGCUUGACGCAUCUCGCGGAUCUGCGCUGGGCCGAUCCGAAUCCGCUCAGCUCGGAUCCAAUCGAUUUGAUCAUCGGGGCGGAUCUCUAUAGCGAUAUUGUUCGCGAGGGCCUUCGCCGAGGAGGCGACGGUCAACUCAUGGCGCAGAACUCGGUGUUCGGGUGGUUUAUAUCAGGUCCGAUCACCCGGGCUUCUGCGCCUAGGGUGCGGGCGUGCGCGCUCGCUACUCAGGCGUCGAGCGUAGUAAUUUCGGCGCAUCAUUGUAAGGCCGAGAUUUCACUCGAGGAUGAAAUGAGGAGAUUUUGGGAAGUCGAGGAGGUUCCGCGAGCCGUCGAGCGGACGCCCGAUGACGAGCGGUGCGAGAGACACUUCGUCUCGACGCAUUCGCGAACGGUGGAAGGUCGAUACGUCGUCCGCUUGCCGUUUCGCAGCGGACCGCCGAUCGAUAUCGGAUCCUCGCGCUCGCGCGCCGUGCGAUGCCUUGCCGCACUUACGCGUCGUUUACAAACAAAGCCGGAACAAAGACGAGCAUAUGACGAGUUUUUGCGCGAAUACGAACUCAGCGGACACAUGAGACGCGCACCGGAGAUUUCAGACGCGUCUUCGCAAGUCGCAUACAUACCGCAUCACCCAGUCUUUCGUUCUCAUAGCGCCACGACAAAAUUGCGUGUAGUUUUUAACGCAUCGAGUCCGACGACUAACGGCUCGAGUUUAAACGACCAUUUGAUCGCCGGGCCAAAGCUGCAGACCGACUUAUCGUCCGUACUGCUGCGAUGGCGUAAUUUCAAAUACGCGUGUUCGGCCGACAUCGAAAAAAUGUAUCGACAAAUUCAGCUCGAUCUCCGCGAUGUCGACUAUCAGAGGAUCUUGUGGCACCCGGCGCCGGAUGACGAGCCGCGUGAAUAUCAAUUAAUGACCGUGACUUACGGCAUGUCCUGUGCUCCGUUUCUUGCGUUGCGAGUCCUUCAGCAAUUGAGGAUUGAUGACGGAGGCGAUUUCCCUCUCGCCGCUCCGCUCUUGAAAAACAACAUUUAUGUCGACGAUGUACUAUUCGGGAGCGACGACGUCGGGCAGACGAUCGAAAUCCGGAAUCAGCUCACAGCAUUGCUACGGCGAGGCGGCUUCGAACUUCGUAAAUGGUCCGGGAAUUCAGCCGCACUUCUCGCAGACCUCGAUGAGGCGAAUCAUGGACUCGCGUGCACCAGAUCACUCGCGAUUGAUGAGAGCGUAAAGAUUCUCGGGAUCACUUGGACGCCCGCGGGAGACAAUUUUCAAAUCAGCGUGUCGUUGCCAGCUUGCGUCCCCGAGAGCAAGCGCUCCAUUUUAUCGACUAUCGCCAAACUGUACGAUCCACUCGGAUGGGUCACUCCGAUCACGAUCAGCGCCAAAAUCUUUAUGCAGCACUUGUGGCGACGGCAACUUGAAUGGGACGACCCGAUUCCCGAGAUGCUGGCGUCGCGCUGGCGGGCAAUAUUCUCGAAUCUAUCCGCCUUGGAUGGACUACGCAUUCCGCGAUGGACCGGAUUCGGGCGCGACAUUCGACGCACGGAGCUGCAUGGAUUCGCGGACGCGUCUAACUCCGCGUACUCUGCCGUUGUUUAUUUGCGACUAACAACGCACUCAGGUCAAGUGAUCAUCACAUUGCUCACCGGCAAAUCACGCGUCGCUCCAUUGCAGCCAAUGAGCAUCCCGCGUCUCGAACUUUCGGCCGCCGUGCUCCUCUCGCGUCUCGUCGAAUUCGUGCGGACGGCAGGAGGUUACGACAAUGCAACAUGCUGCUGUUGGUCUGACUCGACGGUCGUGUUGUCGUGGCUGGCGGCGCACCCAUCACGAUGGAGGACCUUCGUCGCGAAUCGGGUGGCGGAGGUGCACGCGCGCCUCCCGCGCGUUCAAUGGCGGCAUGUUCCGACGGCCGACAAUCCCGCUGAUUGCGCGUCGCGCGGGUUGCUCGGCCUGGAAAUUCUCAAGCACGAUCUCUGGUGGCGAGGCCCGUCGUGGUUGACGUCGCCGCCAAACGCUUGGCCAUCCUUCGGGGAUGCCUCGGCUGCGGAGGCGCUGAGCGAGGAAAGGGUCGUGACGCACCUCGCCACUGAACCCGCAUCGCUCAACUCGCUGCUCCUCGAGUGCUAUUCUUCGUGGCCAAAGUUGGUUCGCGUUACCGCGUACAUCAUGCGCUUUAUCGCGCGAUGUCGUCGCCGUCUUACGGGAGAUUCAUCCGGUGAGCCGGCGGGCCCGGGCGUCACGGCGGGCGAGUGUUCGGGGGCGCGUACGCGAUUAUUGAAGCAGAUCCAAGCUGCGUUGUUGCCAAAGGAACUGCACAGGCUCGCGAAUCGCUUGGAAUUACCGUCGAAGAGCUCGAUUCUCGCGCUUCGACCGUUUCUCGAUGAGGAGGGUCUUCUCCGCGUCGGCGGUCGGAUAUCGCGCGCUCCCCUGCCUUGGACUCGGCGUCAUCCGAUUCUGCUCGCGUCGCAUCGUAUCACGAAACAGAUCGUCGAUCAUGCUCACGUACGUGGGCUACACGCCGGCGUGCAGCUAACCCUGAGCAUCGUUCGGCGCGACUUUUGGGUGAUUCGGGGUCGGGGCGUUGUGCGGGAGCAAAUACACCGCUGCGUGGUGUGCGCUCGCGAGCGCGCCGCCGUGCCAUCCCAGAUUAUGGCGGACCUCCCACGUGUCCGAGUCUCAGCUCCGGCUCGCUGUUUCGCACAUUGCGGCGUCGAUUAUGCCGGGCCAGUUCUCGUGCGUGCCUCUGCAGGACGAGGUAUAGCGACGCGGAAGGCAUACAUCGCUCUAUUCAUAUGUUUAGCCUCUCGCGCCGUGCACCUGGAGCUCGUAUGCGAUUACUCGACUCGGGCAUUUUUGAAAGCGUUUUCUCGGUUCGCCGCUCGUCGGGGAAUACCCAACACCGUUUACUCGGAUAACGGCACCAAUUUCGUCGGAGCCGAUCGUGAGCUGACCGUGGCCUAUCGGGCAGCGCUCCGCGACCCGAACUUUCUAAGUUCCACCGCGCUCGACGGAGUCAACUGGAGAUUCAUCCCUCCAGCCGCGCCACAUUUCGGGGGGUUGUGGGAGGCCGGCAUUAAGAGCGUCAAGCACCACGUGCGUAGCGUACUGCGGAGCUACACUCUGACCUUCGAGGAGUACGCUACUCUGCUCUGUCGGAUUGAGGCGUGUCUUAACUCAAGACCGAUCGCGCCGAUUUCCGACUCGCUCGAUGACUACGAGCCGCUCACGCCCGGUCAUCUGCUCGUCGGGUUCGACCUCGGUCUGCCUCCGUCGCCGUCGACUCUCCACAUAUCGGAGAACCGGUUGACCCGGUGGCAACUCGUGCGGCAGCUGACCGAGCGUUUUUGGCGGGUGUGGUAUCACGACUAUGUGAACACUCUACAACAACGAGGAAAAUGGAGGAAGGUGCAGCCGUCUAUCCAGGUCGGAAAAAUGGUCUUGAUCCGCAAUACCACCUUGCCGCCGUGCAAGUGGGAGUUGGGGCGAGUGACGCAGUGUCACCCCGGUCCCGACGGGCUCACUCGGGUGGUUACCGUCCGCACCGCCAACUCCACCCUUCAAAGGCCUAUCGUAAAGAUUUGCCUGCUGCCGGUCCACUGCGAGACCGAGUAG